AUGCUUGCCAAGAGAAGAACUCUUAUUAAUUCGGACGAAAAACGUAAAGCUUUACAAAAUGUGGCUAUUGCAAGAGGACGAUUGAAAGGCGCGUUGAAAACUAUCAACCCUUCGACCGACGAAAGUUCGAAUUUUGACGACAGUGACGAAGACACACAAAUAAAACGACAACGGACAGAGGAGACUUCCAGUGUUCAUCAUCCUUACAUCAUCAGUUUGUUCAACCGUGGCAUUGAUAUUGCCCGCUUCAGGGAAGACUCGCCGAUUUACCCAUUGUGCCGCGCAUGGGUAAAAAAUGAACCUCACGCGAACGGCGAAACAAAGUUGGUUGAACUAAAAUCAAGCACGGCAAUCAAACGCGAGUACAACCCGGACAUUGUCGAGCAAUAUCUGAAUGGAGAGAUUACCGAAAUUACAGAAAUGCCCCAACCACAACCACCGGGAAACAUGGAGCCGUAUCUCAUAGAAGAUUCACAACCGGUUGACGAUUUUGACAUCAAUGAAUCGUCGUUAGAUAAGGAUGAUUUAAUGAGAGAACAUUUAGUAAAAUGGAAAAAAGUUCGUAAAGCAUUCAUAUCGCAUCGUCAGCAGUAUGAAGAAACACGUUAUGGUACAAGUUUUAAGUUAUUGGAUGCUCUUAAAAAAUAGUUUCAUUUAGUGACAUUUCGUUUAUUUCUCAAACUUAGCAAAAGAAAUAGAUAAUUCACAUAACGUAACGUAGACUUUUUCAUAUAAUAUUUAAUUUGUUGAUGAACA